AUGUCUGCGCCUAUCGUACCGUUCAACGCCGACCACACGGCGCGGGUGGCCGGUCGCUCUCCCGCCGGCAGCCAGAAGACUUAUGUGGACGAACAAGAAGCGAAUGCGGCAUCAAACGAGAAACCACCAGCUUCCAAGGCUGCUGAAGGAAGCUCACUCUACGAGGGGGACGCCUCUACGUCGACAGAUGGAGAUGGCAACGACACCGAGUUGGAACGCCGCCACUCCAUCGUCCAGGAACUGGCCCGCGAGUACACCCGACACUCCGCAGUGAACAUCGGCGAGAACAACCAGGCUCUUUUCGGCAGCGACGACCCCGACUCACCUCUCAACCCUCGUGGCUCCAAGUUCAACGCCCGCAAGUGGGCAAAGACCCUCGCCAACGUCACCAACGAACACGGCUCCGGAUUUCGAACUGCUGGUUUCGCCUUCCAGAACUUGAACGUCUUCGGAUAUGGACAAGAGACGGAUUAUCAGAAGGAUGUCGGCAACAUUUGGCUCGAGCUUCCCAGCAUCACCCGCAAGCUCACCUCGAAGACUGGUGGUCAGCGCCGCAUCGACAUUCUCCGCGAUUUCAACGGUGUUGUUGAGGCUGGCGAGAUGCUUGUCGUUCUUGGACCCCCCGGAUCUGGCUGCUCGACCUUCCUCAAGACUAUCGCCGGCGAGACCAACGGCAUCUAUACCGAUGAGCGCGCGUACUUCAACUACCAGGGUCUUUCGGCCAAGGAGCUCCACAAGCACCAUGCUGGCGAUGCCAUCUACACGGCCGAAGUCGACGUCCACUUCCCCCAGCUUUCCGUCGGCGACACCUUGACUUUUGCCUCCCGAGCUCGCUGCCCUCGCAACCUGCCUCCCGGUAUCACAACCGAGCAAUACUGCGACCACCUUCGCGACGUCGUCAUGGCCAUGUACGGCAUCAGCCACACCGUCAACACUCAAGUGGGCAACGAAUACAUCCGUGGUGUCUCUGGAGGAGAACGCAAGCGAGUGACUAUCGCUGAGGCCACCUUGGCCAACGCGCCGUUGCAGUGCUGGGAUAACUCCACGAGAGGUCUCGAUGCUGCUAACGCGGUCGAGUUCUGCAAGACGCUCCGUCUCCAGUCUGAACUGUUUGGACAGACCUGCGCUGUCUCGAUCUACCAGGCGCCGCAGAGCGCGUACGAUCUCUUCGACAAGGCCCUUGUUCUCUACGAAGGUCGCCAGAUUUUCUUCGGACGCGCCACCGAAGCCAGACAGUAUUUCAUCGAUCUCGGGUUCGAAUGUCCCGCCCGCCAGACGACCCCCGACUUCCUCACUUCGAUGACGGCGCCUUCCGAACGCGUCGUGCGUCCCGGGUUCGAAGGUCGCGUACCUCGCACCCCUGACGAAUUCGCUGCCUGUUGGAAGGCCAGCCAGGCCUCCAACAAACUCGCCGCGGAAAUCGAACAGUACAAGGCCGACCACCCCAUCGACGGCGUUGAUGCCCAAGCCUUCCGAAACCAGAAGCAGACUGUUCAGGCCAAGAACCAGCGCCUCAAGUCCCCCUUCAUCCUCUCCUACGGACAGCAGGUCAAACUGUGCCUGUGGCGUGGCUUCAAGCUACUAAAAGGCAGUCCUGGGUUGACACUCUUCGCCUUGAUUGCCAAUUCUUGCACGGCGUUGAUCAUGUCUUCUCUGUUCUACAAUCUCCCGAAUACAACCUCGUCCUUCCAAAUGCGAGCUACUGUUCUCUUCGUCGCCAUCCUUGCCAACGCCUUCUCCAGCGCCCUCGAAAUUCUCACGCAGUAUGCACAGCGGCCCAUUGUUGAAAAGCAAAGGAGAUACGCCUUCUACCACGCCUCCGCCGAAUCUUUCUCCUCCGUCCUCGUCGACAUGCCAUACAAGGUCUUGAACACCAUUUGCUACGAUUUGAUCAUCUACUUCAUGACGAACUUGAAUCGCGAGCCUGGAAACUUCUUCUUCUUCCUGUUCACAACCUUCUUGAUGGUGCUUUCCAUGUCGGGUCUGUUCAGAUCGAUCGCAUCUCUUUCUCGCACUUUGUCACAGGCCAUGGUUCCUGCCUCGAUUCUGAUUUUGGCACUGGUCAUUUUCACUGGUUUCGUCAUCCCCGUCGACUACAUGCUUGGCUGGUGCAGAUGGAUCAACUACUUGGAUCCUGUGGCGUACGGAUUCGAAUCGCUCAUGAUCAACGAGUUCCACAACCGCGAGUUUGAAUGCGGUGCCUUCGUCCCCAGCCCUUUGAUUGACGGCUACCAGAACGUCACUCUCGAAAACAGAGCUUGCUCUACUGUUGGUGCAGUUCCUGGUCGUUCGACCGUCAGCGGAGACGCCUUCAUCAACUCCCAGUACAAGUACUUCGCCUCCCACAAGUGGCGCAACAUCGGCAUUCUCAUCGCCUUCAUUAUCGCCCUCCACUGUGUCUACUUCGUCGCCACCGAGUACGUCUCCGCCAAGAAGUCCAAGGGCGAAGUUCUCGUUUUCCGCCGCGGCGUCGCUGCUCCUUCGAAGGUCAAGGAUGAUGUCGAGACCUCCAUGACUGGGCCUUCCACCAUUGUGGAGAAGGGAGGGAAAGCCGCUUCCGGCAACGACGGCAUGAUCCAGGCCUCCACCAGCGUCUUUCACUGGAACAAUGUUUGCUACGACAUCAAGAUCAAGGGUGAACCGCGAAGGAUUCUCGACCACGUUGACGGUUGGGUCAAGCCAGGUACACUUACCGCUUUAAUGGGUGUUUCGGGUGCCGGAAAAACCACCCUGCUCGAUUGCUUGGCCGAUCGUGUUUCCAUGGGCGUGAUCACGGGAGAAAUGCUCGUUGAUGGCAAGAUUCGUGACGAGUCCUUCCAACGGAAAACCGGAUACGUUCAGCAACAGGACCUUCAUCUCGAGACGAGCACUGUUCGUGAGGCAUUGGAGUUCAGCGCUCUUCUACGACAACCAGCCAGCACGCCCAAGGCCGAGAAAUUGGCUUAUGUGGACGAGGUCAUCAAGCUUUUGGACAUGCAGGAAUACGCUGACGCCGUUGUUGGUGUACUUGGAGAGGGUUUGAACGUUGAACAACGCAAGCGACUUACUAUCGGCGUGGAGUUGGCUGCAAAGCCUCCCCUUCUUCUCUUCGUCGACGAGCCGACUUCUGGAUUGGACUCUCAAACCUCCUGGGCUAUUCUGGAUUUGCUCGAAAAGUUGUCCAAGGCCGGCCAGUCCAUCCUGUGCACGAUUCACCAACCGUCCGCCAUGUUGUUCCAACGCUUCGACCGCUUGCUGUUCCUCGCUAAGGGAGGUAGAACCGUCUACUUCGGCGAAAUUGGAGAGAACUCCCACCACCUUACGUCGUACUUCGAGAGGAACGGAGCUCCCAAGUGCCCUCCUGGCGAGAACCCGGCCGAAUGGAUGCUUUCUGCUAUUGGCGCAGCCCCUGGAUCAACUACCGAAGUCGACUGGCAUGAGGCAUGGAAGUCCAGUCCGGAAUACCAGGCUGUUCAGGACGAGCUUCAGCGUCUCAAGUCAGAAGGCGCUGCGCACAUUGACUCCGAGGAAGACAAGGCCGCCGCUCAUCGCGAAUUCGCCGCUUCUCUGGGGGACCAAUUCCUCAUCGUCACUCGCCGCGUGUUCCAACAGUACUGGCGCACUCCUUCCUACAUCUACGCCAAGUUCAUUCUCUGCUGCUCCGUCGCCCUCUUCAUCGGUCUCGUCUUCCUCAAUGCCCCCCUCAGUAUUCAGGGCCUGCAAAACCAAAUGUUCGCAAUCUUCAACAUUCUAUCCAUCUUCGGUCAGUUGGUUCAGCAGCAGAUGCCUCACUUCGUGACGCAGCGUUCCCUUUACGAAGUACGUGAACGGCCUUCGAAGACAUACAGCUGGAAGGUCUUCAUGCUGUCGCAAAUCGUCACCGAGAUCCCCUGGAACACCCUCAUGUCCGUCUUCAUGUUCAUCUGCGUCUACUAUCCAGUCGGCCUCUCGGAGAACGGUCUCGCAAGCCAGAGCAGCGAGCGUGCCGGUCUCAUGUGGCUUCUCUUCUGGCAGUUCCUCAUCUUCACCUGCACCUUCGCGCAUGCCUGCAUUGCCAUCACUGAGACGGCUGAGAUGGGCGGUAACUUGGCCAACGUCAUGUUCAUGAUGUGUCUGCUGUUCUGCGGUGUCCUGGCCAGCCCUGAUAACAUGCCGGGUUUCUGGAUCUUCAUGUACAGGGUGUCGCCGUUCACGUAUUUGCUCUCGUCGAUUCUUUCCACGGGUUUGGCAAACUCGCAGGUGACCUGCUCCAGCAACGAGUUCAUUCACUUCAACCCCCCAGCCAACCAAACCUGCGAAGCCUUCAUGAAGGGAUACAUGGAAGUUGCGGGUGGGAAGCUUGAGAAUCCCCAAGCCACCGCCGAUUGCAGCUUCUGCUCGAUCGCGGACACCAACGUCUUCCUUACGUCCAUCAGCGCCAACUUCGACAACAGGUGGCGCGAUUGGGGUAUUGGCAUGGUGUAUAUCGUCUUCAACAUCGUCGCCUCUUUGGUCCUUUACUGGCUUGUACGCAUGCCGAAGGGCAAGAAGAAGGUUUGA